UGAUGACGUUGUGUAGCAGCCUAGCAACGGUAUCCACAACAAGCCGUUUGUGUCCAGCAUUGAGAGAAGCUAGCAGCCAGCUAGCAGAAUUAUACUGUUAAUGCUCGCGAACUAAUUCCACAAACUUCAGCUGGCUGUCAGUAUUAAAAAAAACAAUUGCAAAACCCGUCGCACAACAAAAGUAAACCGUCUUGUGUGGCAAGAAAAACAUGGCAGAUGAGAAUCGUAGAGAAGACGAAGAUGAACGAAGUCCUGGGUUACAGCACCAGAUGUUUCUCACUAUGGAGGAUUUGUUAGAUAAACUAAAACUGCUGGAUUAUGAGGAACAUGUCCUUGUAAAGCACAAUAUGAAACCUCUCUCCAGGCAUUAUUUUGUAUCAAGUUCGUACACACCGAGUAACCCUGGUGAACAAUUCUACAUGUUCAGCGUCAUCGCAGCUUGGCUCAUAACACUGUGUGGCCGGUCAUUUGAAACACCACAUGAAUAUGACGACCCCAACGGGAUUGUCUCAAACAUCCUUACGCACCUUAGGGCGCUGGGUGGGCUGGUUGAAUUUCCUCCAUCAAAGCUGAAGUCUGGUUCUGGGGAACACGUGUGCUACGUCUUGGACCGCCUGGCAGAGGAAGCCCUGAAGUGUAGACAGUUUGUUUGGCAGAGGCCUCUCUACCCCACAGAGGUGUUGGAGGAGGAGUCUGUGAUGGAGGAUGAUGCUGAGCUCACACUGAGCAAAGUGGAGGAGUUGACUGAGGAGGUUGCUGAGUAUGAAGAUGUUGUUGAUCUGGAGGAACUGAAGUCCAGAACUAGCCAGAAUGAGGUGAGAGGGCAGAGACCAGAGAUGAUCCUGGAGUCAGAGACAGAUUCUGCAGAGUGGAAUCUGGAGGUAGAGAGGGUUCUGCCCCAGCUCAAAGUAUCGGUCCGCACAGAUAUUAAGGAAUGGCGGAGCCAUGUGAGCCAAAUGCAUCAACACCAGGAUGGCAUCAAAAGCUCUUUGAAAGAUGCCAAGACAUAUCUAGAUAAACUGCUGGAGGAGAUCGGUAAGACUCAAGAGAAAGUGAGCAGCAGAGAAAAGUAUAUCAACACACAACUUGAACACCUCAUCACAGAAUACAGGAAUGCACAGUCGAAAUUUUGUGAGGCGAAGGAGCUGUAUCAGCAGGCCAGUGGAGGAGUGACUGAAAGAACCAGAACUAUAGCAGAGAUCAGUGAGGAGCUUGAGAAAGUAAAACAGGAGAUGGAUGAGAAGGGCAGCAGCAUGUCAGACGGAGUUCCAGUAGUAAAGAUCCGGCAGAGUCUGACAAAGUUAAAGCAGGAGAUCCAGGAGAUGGAUGUGCGUAUGGGGGUGAUGGAACACACGCUGUUGCAGGCCAAACUCAAGGAAAAGAGCAACAUGACCAGAGACAUGCAUGCCACACACAUCACAGAGACUACUACACACACCUACUCAUAACCACACACACAUUCUCAAACUCGCACGGUAUACAUAUAUACGUGUAUAUAUGUAUGUAUACUAUGUGUGUGUGUGUGUGUGUGUGCGCGUGUGUCUCUUUUGGAAAUUAAUAAAAAGAAACUAUUUUAACUGAUAA